AUUUUAGCCCCUUUCCUAUCCUCCACCACCCAAACUCCACAUACAUACAUAGACCAUAGUCCUUUCUUUGUUUCCAAUCCCCUUUUCUCCCUUCUUCUUCAUUUCUAUCUUUACCCUUUAAUCCUUCCUACCUUCCCCAUUCCCUCAUAAAAUAACCCUUCUAAGUUCUAACCCAACAAAAACCUAACAAAUCCAUCAUAAUUAUAAUUCCCCUUAAAAUGGAGAAGACUUCAUCAACAAUAACACUCACAACAACUACUACAAACAACUCCCUUGAUCAAACCCAUGAUUUUAUGAAUGUUGACUCCUUCUCUCAACUCCCCUUCAUCCGCCCCGCCCCGACCGCCACCACUAAACCCUCCUCCACCUUGGCUACCGCCAACGCUGCCGCCAUCCGUCUCUUCGGCAUCGACUUCUCCUCUGCCACCAACGCCACCGACAACUCCGACUUCAGCGAUAGUACCACCCUCACCACCACUGCCACCACCACCACAGCCGCCACCGUCUCCGCCACCGUCUCCGCCACCACAAGCAAUGAGAAUAGUAGAAAAUUUGAAUGUCAUUAUUGUAAUAGAAACUUCCCUACAUCUCAAGCUCUUGGAGGCCACCAAAAUGCACACAAAAGAGAACGGCAACACGCUAAACGGGCCCAUCUUCAGUCUGCAAUAAUGACAGCUGACAACACAGGUCAGCGUCAUUUCUACAGUUUAGCUAACAGAUAUCCACACAACUACUUAACAAAUACAACCCGUUACUCUUACCAUCAUCAUCUACAAAGAAACACAACCCAUCCGCCCAUGAUAAAUGGUAACCCGUUAACAGUGUGGCGGAUCCCUACAUCCGUUCAUAACUAUACAAGUUCACUUCAUCGUGACCAUUCAUUGCACCCUUUUGCUAGAUCUCAUUCUACAAAUAUGAAUUAUAUGAAUUUAAAUAUGAGUAUGGAUUCUUCUCAUCAAAUUCGCCGUGGAAAUAGUGAGCAAGUGAGUUUGGAUCUUCAUCUGUAAUUUUUUUUUAUUUUAAUUAAUAUAUUAUUAUACUUAAUUGUUUUUAAUUAUGCCAUUUUUAAUAUUAGUUAUUAGCAAAGCUAAUCUAGCUCUUGAACACAAAUUAGGGUUUAAUGAGAAUUUUGAGAAGUACCGUGUG